AUGUCGUCAUCACCAUUCUCUUGCACUGUUCACCAUUAUGAAUCCCCGACCUCUCAUGCCAGCGCCUACGAGAUCGGCCCAUCUGAAGCUUUGAAUGCGAUACUCUUCAUAGGAGGUCUCGGCGAUGGCCCCCAUACUGUGUUUUACACUAAAACCAUCGCCACACAUUUGGAGAAGACGGGACAAGACUGGUCCAUCUUUGAGAUCCGAAUGAGAAGCUCCUUUUCCGGCUACGGCUAUUCGAGCCUCAAGAACGAUGUCGAGGACAUCUCGGCCCUCGUGAGGUAUCUCCGAGGCAUCGGCAAAAAGAAGGUUGUCCUUAUGGGCCACUCAACUGGAUGCCAGGAUUGUGUGGAAUACACCAAGCACAAGGGGGACCCCGUUGAUGGCUUCGUCCUCCAAGGCCCCGUUUCCGACAGAGAAAGCAUCGUUGACUCUACCGAUUUUGAAUGGCUAGAGAAGAGUUUGAAAUACGCAGAGGAUCUGAUUUCUAAGGGUAAGGAGGGCGAAGCGAUGCCCAAAGAUCUGGUGCCCACUUUCUUCUCGACGCCGAUGACAGCGUACCGCUGGCACUCUCUUGCAGCCAAGGGUGGGGAUGAUGACUACUUUUCAUCCGACCUCGAAGAGUCGUUCGUGUCCGAGGUCUGGAACCGGUUUCAACAGCCUGUGAUGGCCUUGCAAUCCGCCGAAGACGAGUUCGUUCCUGCCAAGAUUGACAAGCAAGCUCUCGUGGACUCCUGGAAGAAGAGCAGCCCCAAGGUGCACGAGCUAUCUGGUCUAAUCCCGGGUGCAAGCCACACGGUGAAGAACCCGGACUCGCAGCAAUGGUUGGCAGAGCGGGUGGUUCAGUUCCUCCAACAAAUAUAA